GAGACAAUGUAAGAAUUAUGGUCGUAUUGGACACUUGAUUAUCAAGCGGCAUUGAGGACAUUGGAAAAUUAUAAUUGCCGAUUCUCUGAGCUGGAUACCAUUGUUAUCUCCGCACUCUCCAUAUAUCACGAGUUUCUUUUGACUGGCAUACCCCAAGUUAGCUCACAACCUCUCCGCAUCCCGCAGAGACUGGCCCUCGCGGGGUCCAUCCACGUCGGUUGCAGCUCCGCCAUUACCCCCCAUGAUAUCCAUAUGAAGCCUAUCUUGGUUGCAGUGCAUGUAAUAUGACUUCUAUAAUACGACAAGCUUAUAUGCAAUGCGUUGCGAUCUCUUUGAAUAUUACCCGAAGAGAGGAUAGGUGGACAAGGUAGAGUAGGCUAAUAUAAUCUUGCUAUAUAGAUACUCGCUCGUAGGGUAAUUUCUCCACUCUCACCCCUUUGGAUACUGAACCUACAAGUUGAAAGACGUAUGAUAUUGUGAAAAUAUGUUUGGUGCCACGAUUUCUGCGAAUCCGCUGAAGCUGGAUGUUAGAAGCCAUACUAAGUGUAUCUUGAUCUGUUUCGUUGUGACGAUCUCGACGUUCCAGUAUGGCCUUGACUACGCGCUCGUCGGUGGCUUUCUUUCGAUGCCGGGGUUCUUGGAAGUGUAUGGGUACUAUGACACCGAGCUCGAGUCUUGGAACAUUCAUCCGGUAGUACAGCAGCUUAUAUCAAGCCUCAUGACAAUUGGAACAUUCAUCGGCUCACUUCUCGUCGGCCCGUUCAGUAGCAAGUUUGGUAGAAAAGCCGGAUUAUGGUCUGCAUCGGUCCUCAAUUUCGUUGCAACUGCCAUCAUGAUAGGGACAACAAACCUCGGUUCUCUCUAUUUUGCUCGUCUAUUGCUGGGCGUCUCUGUGGGCUGGUUUCUUACCUUCUCGCAGCUCUACGUACACGAGGUGGCUCCGGCACACCUUAGAGGAGUCACGUUUGCCGUGUAUGCAACCCAAUUAGCGAUCGGUUCUAUCGUCGGCGCCACAGUUGACUAUGGGACACAUGAUAUCAAUAAUCGGCAAGCUUAUCAAAUCCCACUGGCCAUCUUCUUCGUCGCACCUACGUUUCAAGCGAUUGCAUUGUUCUUCUUCCCCGACUCGCCUCGGUGGCUUGCAGUUCAGGGCAGGGAAGCCGAGGCAGAGACCGCGUUGCGCCAACUGCGUAACUCGAAUAUCAAUGAGAUAGAGCUACGCGCAGAACUCAACGAGAUCAAACAAUCGACCCGUGAGCAAGUUGAGGGGAAUAAGAAGGCCCUGUUCUUGGAAAUGUGGCGAGGCACAAAUCUGCGUCGCACACUUUUAUCCAUCGCUGUGGUUUGUUUUCAUUCUGCUAACGGCUCAUCCUGGGUCAAUAUAUAUACAACCUACUAUUUGCAGAUAGCAGGCGUUUCUAACCCGUUUGCUUUCUCAAUCCUAAUAACCGGCAUUGGGCUCAUUGCCGCUAUUCUCAGUUCGCUAUUUAUUCGGUUUAUCGACCGUCGCGCGGUUAUGGUCAUUGGCGCUUCCGUAUGUGGGCUCGCGCAGCUUGCACAAGCCAUAGCUUGGACUGUAAGUCCAGGGUCAGCGGCAACCGCCACAGUUGUAAUUGUGUUUAACGGGGUAUUCGUGUUUAUUUACGUAGCUUAUUCUCCGUUCGCCUGGCUUCUUGGGGGCGAGUAUCCUAAUAGCGCACUCCGUGGUUAUUGUUUCGGCUUUGCAACCGCAUUGAACUUUCUCGGAAACUUCCUAGGCACAUUGACAGCGCCCUACUUCAUAAAUCCAGCUAGUCUCAACUGGGGCCCGAGAUAUGGAUAUAUCUGGUUUGCAUCAAAUGUAGCCGUUGCUGUCUUCGCGUAUCUCUUUCUUCCCGAGACUCGAGACCGGACGCUAGAAGAGAUACACGAGAUGUUCGAAAACAAAGUGCCAGCCCGAAAAUUCAAGACGUAUGUCUGUGUUGGGGUGGAGAGCUACGCCGCUGCAGUAGAGAAAGGGUCGGUUCAACAGGAAGAACUAGUGACAACCCAAAACAUAAUAUCUUCUGGUGCCAGUUCAGGGAAAGGGUAAUACGGGGUUCGCCGGCUACGAGGGUACGGAUAUUAGGUCACACGCAAGAGGUGUCUCUAAGGGACAACGACCACAUUCUCUGAAUCCAUUCGUAUUCAUAUUGGGUAUUGCAUUGCAUUUACAUUAAUCAUUAAAUCAUG